GGCAGAGUGCCUCCGGAACUGGUGCUGUCAGUGAGUGUCCAGCUGGGUCCCUCUAGACCGCGCGUCUCCCGCGCUAUGGCCGCCUCUUCGCAGCUGAAGGCUCUACUCCAGGCGGUUAACACACUGCUGCGCAAGCGCCGCUACCACGCUGCGUUGGCCGUGCUUAAAGGCUUCCGGAACGGGGCCGUCUAUGGAGCCAAAAUCCGGGCCCCUCAUGCUCUGGUCAUGACCUUUCUCUUCAGGAGUGGCAGCCUCCGGGAGAAGCUGUGGGCUAUUCUGCAGGCCACCUACACCCACUCCUGGAACCUGGCCCGCUUUGUGUUCACCUACAAGGGGCUCUGUGCCCUGCAAGCCCACAUGCAAGGGCAGACGCACCAGGCACACUCUUUCCUGGCAGCCUGCCUUGGUGGCAUGCUGGUGUUUGGAGAGAAGAACAACAUCAACAGUCAGAUCAGCAUGUACCUGACAUCACGAAUCCUGUUCGCCCUGUGUCGCCUGGGUGUGGAGAAGGGCUACAUCCCUGAGCCCAGGUGGGACCCAUUCCCUUUGCACACUGGGGUGGUUUGGGGAAUUGUGCUCUGGCUCUUUGAGUACCACCGGCACACGCUGCAGCCCUCACUGCAGUCCUCCAUGACCUACCUCUAUGAGGACAGCAACACGUGGCACGACAUCACAGACUUCCUCAUCUACAACAAGAGCUCCUCUUCCAAGUAGCAUGGCCUGCGGUGCCUCUGGGGGCUCCUCCAACCUGACAGGCUCCAGGCAGAGUCCAGCUGUGGCUUGAAGUUUGGAUCCACCACAAACCCUCGCAGAGGAUCUGCCUUCUCAAAGUCAUGGGCUUCACACUCCAACUUGUGUCAUCCCAGGGUUCCAGGUGCCGAAGUAAAAGCACUGAUUUUCCCAGUGGUACUUUUGAAUGGUGCAAAAAGUGGCUGAAUCCGCCUGAGUUUUAGGCUCCGUUCCAGCUAUACUGCUAUCUUGGGUGAAACCAGGGGAGGUCACAUCCCGCUCUGGGCCUCAGGGGUUGUGGAGCUCAGAGGAACACCCUUGGAGGAGGGUCUCUUUCUGUUGGGUACAUUUGUUCUUCUGCUGUCCAUAGGUAACAUGGGACUCCUUGCUGGUGGGCUCUGGGUUGCAAAUGCUUAAAAAAUUAAGUUCCUUGUCUUGUA